UAUUUUCUGCAGCCCUGACAGAGGCAGCGUGUUUCCGUUUUUCGUGCAAUUCUGCCUUUUUACCACCGUCGCUCGACCAAGUUGUUUUUGUGAAAAACCUUCAACAUGGUUGCCGUAAAGAAACAAAAGAAGGCUUUAGAGAGCACCAAUGCGCGUCUGGCGCUGGUUAUGAAAUCCGGCAAAUACUGCCUGGGAUACAAGCAGACUCUGAAGACCCUGCGUCAGGGCAAGGCCAAACUGGUGCUCAUCGCCAGCAACACGCCUGCUUUGAGGAAGUCUGAGAUUGAGUACUACGCCAUGUUGGCCAAAACUGAAGUCCAGCACUACAGUGGCACCAACAUUGAGUUGGGCACCGCCUGCGGCAAAUACUUCCGCGUGUGCACGAUGUCCAUUACCGAUCCUGGAGAUUCUGAUAUCAUUCGUUCUUUGCCAGACAAUUAAAGGCUUCUCGGUUUUUUAAAUGUUAUCUUAAAAAAAAACCAUUGAAAUGGUACUUUUCGUACAUUCGAAGGUUUUCUUUGGUCCUACCACAUUUUACUACUGGGUAUGAUUAAUAAAAAAAAAAAUGGAA